CCGGAAAACUGUGACCUGUUAAGAGUUACAAAGGUGAACCCAGAAAUUUGUUACAUUGCUAGGAAGUCCACCUGUAGCCAUGGAUGCACGUCUACAAAAAUUACAAGAAGCCUUAGUAAAGAGCCUCAUUCCGAUUUCCCGAAUCGUGGUAACGAUUAGUACCUCUCUUGGAACAAACCCUACAGUAUCUGCACCAACACCAGAGGUUAUCUGGGUUGGGCUGUCCACAUCUAUUGUGCUUCUCGCUUCAGCUAAUCAUGAUCUGAACAUGUUCUGCAGGGACUUGUUCAAAGUUGACCUUGAUGAAAAUUACAAGGCAAUCUGUAGUAACAAAGAAUCUGUUGCUGCAGAACUGUUUGGUGAUGAUUUAAAGGAACGCCUGAAAACAGUAAAAGAAAGUAAAAAGGCUGCACAGCAACUGACAAGCCAAAAACGGAAACGCAACGAUCAACGGACGACCAGCUCAUAUAAUUCUAAUGUGCCUUUUUUAUUCCAACGUUGGGGCGGUCAUUUGCAAAGCUGACCCCAAC